AUGAGCAGUCGCAGUCAUGGAAGCUCAUCGCAGCGUCAUCAAGGCCGGGGAGAACGAAAAGAAAGGGAGCGAUCCAGAGACAGAGAACGACUUCGAAAGAGUUCCAAUCAUGAGCAAACUGAUGGAGCAAAAAAAAUGGUUGAUUUGAAAGCGAAAAUACGAGAAGGGCUCGCACAAGCAACUACACUUUCCCAGAUAAGAGGAGAAACGAUCGCAAGCACGUCGACUACUAUCAUAAAAGAAGAAGUCAACGAUCGGUCAUCGCUUUCUCGAUUGCGACAAAUUGAAGCGAUCGCAGCAGAAGAGGGGGGAUUUCGUCAACAGCAUUUCAAAUCGACCGCUGGUGGUGCUGGUGGAAGAGUUUAUGGCAAUAAGAAACAACAACUGUCAAGAAUCGAAAAAGCGAUCAAAAAGGAAGACGCUCAUGAAGAGUCAAUCUUUGGUCCAACUAAACCGCAAACUCUAGACGAUAUUUCGUUGCCAAAAGAUCCAACAAAAGAAGGAAAUGGAAUGAAGAUCCUUUUGCAUCCAUCUCUUUCAGAAGAUCCGGAAGUGAGAAAAGAACGUUGGUUGAAGAUUUGGACUCAACGACGACGUGAAUUUGGAAUUGGA